CUUCCGGACUGUGCGGUCCACAUGCAGGAAGUGAGUUUUCAUCGACUGCUGCAGCCUCCCAGUGUCCGUGGAGAUCAGAAACUCCAGCUGUGAGGAACGGAGACUUUAUUACACAUCACAUGUUCUGUAUUCUCUCUGACUCACCGAGGAUGGACAAGGACAGGAGUCACAGGACUGAGAGGAUAAUAAAUAUCACCCUGGAGAUCAUCUACCUGCUUACUGGGGAGGAUUACACAAUAGUGAAGAAGACAUCCAAUGAGUGUGAGACACCCAGUAGCCAUCCCCGUGUUUCAGGAGGACUGAGUAGAACCCAGAGCACCAUCACGGUGCCUCCACCUCACUCACUGACACAUGAGAGACACAAUGACCAGAAGAUCCUGGAACUCGCCAACAAGAUCAUUCAGCAGCUGACUGGAGAGGAGGGGGAGUAUAUAGAGGAACACGGGGGUCUGUACAAGGACGUGAUGAUGGAGAAUCACCGGCCCCUCACAUCACUGGAUGGACCCAGUAACAGAGAUACCCCAGAGAGAUGUCCCCGUCCUCUGUAUUCCCAGGAUUGUACAGAGGAGAAUCACAGGAUCCCACAGGAGGAUCAGGUAGAACGUCUGUCUGAUAUUAAAAUAGAAGCUAUAGAGGGAGAAGAAGAGACGUAUGUGACUGAUAUAAAGGUAGAAGAUAUAGAGGGAGAAGAAGAGACGUAUGUGACUGAUAUAAAGGAAGAAGAUAUAGAGGGAGAAGAAGAGACGUAUGUGACUGAUAUAAAGGCAGAAGAUACAGAGGGAGAAGAAGAGACGUAUGUGACUGAUAUAAAGGCAGAAGAUAUAGAGGGAGAAGAAGAGACGUAUGUGACUGAUAUGAAGGCAGAAGAUACAGAGAGAGAAGAAGAGACGUAUGUGACUGAUAUAAAGGCAGAAGAUGUAGAGGGAGAAGAAGAGACGUAUGUGACUGAUAUAAAGGCAGAAGAUGUAGAGGGAGAAGAAGAGACGUAUGUGACUGAUAUAAAAGCAGCAGAUAUAGAGGGAGAAGAAGAGACGUAUGUGACUGAUAUAAAGGCAGAAGAUGUAGAGGGAGAAGAAGAGACGUAUGUGACUGAUAUAAAGGCAGAAGAUGUAGAGGGAGAAGAAGAGACGUAUGUGACUGAUAUAAAGGCAGCAGAUAUAGAGGGAGAAGAAGAGACGUAUGUGACUGAUAUAAAGGUAGAAGAUACAGAGGGAGAAGAACAGACGUAUGUGACUGAUAUGAAGGCAGAAGAUAUAGAGGGAGAAGAAGAGACGUAUGUGAGGGGUGAUCAGCAGUGUAAGGAGGAGGAAAUCCCUACAGAUAUCAGCACAGCAGAUGGACACACAAGCAGGAAUAUCUCCGAAGGACAUCUAAUGUUAUCCCCGGAUUGUGUCAUAAAAGAUAAUGACAGUAGACAGGAUUCUCCAGGAGAUAACCCCAUUACCCCAAUUGUACAUCCAGCUCUAUCAGCUGAUCCCUCUGAUCCUGGGAAAUGUUCUCCUGAUCACUCUGAUAUUGGUGCAUCUGUUACAGCACUGACAGUAGAUACAGUGUUUCCCUGUUCUAUAGAUGCCAAAUGUUUUACACAAAACACAAAGCCUAUUACCCAUCAGACAGGUAAGGCAGGUGAGAGGCCAUUUCCAUGUUCUAAGUGUGGGAAAUGUUUUGCACAGAAAUCAUCUCUUGUUAUACAUGAGAGAAGUCACACAGGUAAGAAGCCAUUUUCAUGUUCUGAGUGUGGGAAAUGUUUUACAUCCAAAUCAUAUUUUGUUAUACAUCAGAAAACUCACAUAGGUGAGAGUCCAUUUACAUGUUCUGAGUGUGGGAAAUGUUUUACACGUAAAUCACAUCUUGUUCAACAUGAGAGAAGUCACACCGGUGAGAAGCCAUUUUCAUGUUCUGAGUGUGGGAAAUGUUUUACACGGAAAUCACAUCUUGUUCAACAUGAGAGAAGUCACACCGGAGAGAAGCCAUUUUCAUGUUCUGAAUGUGGAAAACGUUUUUCACACAAGUCUUGUCUUGUUAUACAUGAGAGAAAUCACACCGGAGAGGGGCCAAUUUCAUGUUCUGAGUGUGGGAAAUGUUUUGCACAGAAAUCAACUCUUGUUAGACAUGAGAGAAGUCACACCGGAGAGAAGCCAUUUACAUGUUCUGAGUGUGGGAAAUGUUUUUCACUAAAAUCAAAUCUUGUUCAACAUGAAAGAAGUCACACUGGAGAGAAGCCAUUUUCUUGUUCUGAGUGUGGAAAAGGUUUUUCACACAAGUCAUAUCUUGUUAUACAUGAGAGAAGUCACACCGGAGAGAAGCCAUUUUCAUGUUCUGAGUGUGGAAAAGGUUUUUCACACAAGUCAUAUCUUGUUAUACAUGAGAGAAGUCACACAGGUGAGAAGCCAUUUGCAUGUUCUGAGUGUGGAAAAGGUUUUUCACACAAGUCCUAUCUUGUUAGACAUGAAAGAAGUCACACAAGUGAGAAGCCAUUUUCAUGUUCUGAGUGUGGCAAAUGUUUUAUACGGAAAUCACAUCUUGUUAGACAUGAGAGAAGUCACACAGGUGAGAAGCCAUUUUCAUGUACUGAGUGUGGGAAAGGGUUUAUACAAAAAUCACAUCUUGGCCCUCAUUCCGAGUUGAUCGGUCGCAAGGCGAAUUUAGCAGAGUUACACACGCUAAGCCGCCGCCUACUGGGAGUGAAUCUUAGCUUCUUAAAAUUGCGACCGAUGUAUUCGCAAUAUUGCGAUUAUGUUUCUAAGUGGAAUGACAUCACACAGGAUGAGACUGUACCAUUUCCUAACACGGGCAGUUUUGACCCCGUAGUACUUCAAUGCCUUGAGAAACGGGUAAAGUCAGUUAUAAAACCUAAUGAGCGCAUUAAACAUUUGCAAGUUUUAGAUUUCUGGAAAAAGGAAAUGUGUAACUGGACUGCAGAUAAUGACCAAGCCAGCAUAGAUACUGACAGUGAGACCAGAGCACUGAAUACUAUGCACACAAUGAAAUUACCGGCUAGGGCAGAAGUGAACAAUGGAGAAGACAGAGUUGUAAGCCCGACUGUACCAGCUUCCUCAGGUGAGGUCAGUUACCCACUAUCAAAAACUGAUCUGUUAAGUGUAAAAGCUGGAUUCCCAGAUCCGCGGAAAGAUUCAGAUGCCACUUGUAGGUACCUCUCACAGGAGUAUUAUGUACAUAAGUUUCCUUGCAGGGAUCUAGAACAGAUAUUAUAUACUUUACCUGAGGAUUUAGCACAAUCCCUCACAACCAGUAUUGUUCUCUCUGCAAAUGAUUAUGGUGACCCAAAUAAAGGAAAGAUAGAUGCACUUAAUGCUAAGCUGCGUGACCUAUACCCACCAGUCCUCAAAUGGGACGAUUUGUUCACAAUCAAACAGGCAGACACUGAAACAGUAGAUAAGUAUUUUGAUAGAUUUAAGUUAGUGGUGCCCACAUUUACUGCUGGAGAAGUGAUAGUUAAACCAAAUGAGGCUCGUUCCAUGCUAGUUCCAUGUUUUGUGGAAGUUCUUGUUGUAGAUCAGAUUGCUCCUACACAACCCCAGCAACAGACACAUAUAACAAAUCCCCAGAGAGUCCAAAACAGUCAGGGACCACCUGUGCAAAACCUUUGGGACCCCAGACAGCCAAGGCAUAGCCAGCAAAAGAGAAAUUCAUGGCAGGGACAACAAGGAGCAUCCAACGCACCAGCAAACUUGCUUAGCCGUGACCUACUAUGUAAACUCAAAGGCACCAUUUACUGCACUGCGGAUGGUAUUUAUUUAGACAUUCCUAAAUCGUUAAAAAGCAAUGCACAAGCGCUGUUAGACACACCAGUCCCACUCCUGUCAUUGCACCUUGAGCAAACCAACUCCCAUAUGCGUGAAACCAUACUGGAAGCAGUUCCUAGCUGCUUAUGUGCAAAUUAUAAGGAUGAGACAGAGGAGGAAUCCUGGGAAGACUCAGUGUCCCUGUUGACUUUCCUCACCUCCAUGGGGUUGAAGGCCAGCAAAGCCAAAUUGCAGCUGUCCCAGCAGAAAGUCAUAGAAGAGACAGGCCUAAACUGGGUAGAGGCACUGCCCAUCGUACUACACAGCAUUAGAGUGACUCCCAAACCUCUCAGUCUGUCCCCUUAUGAGGUGUUAUUCGGAAAACAUCCCAACCUGAUGAUAGGCCCAGAAGAAAGCCACUCCACCCUACACGAUCUAACCACAAAAUAUGUCCUAGACUUGCAUGAACAAUUCAAACAGAUAUACAAGGGACUAAUUCUCUCUAAAGCUGCUAAUCAAAGUGACUUGAAAUGCCAUGAUGUGAAACCAGGAGAAUUUGUGAUGGUUAGAAAUUUCUUACGCUCUAGUUCAUUUGUAGACAGGUGGGAGGGCCCAUACCAAGUACUGUUGACCAUGCCCACGGCUAUAAAGGUGGCAGAGAAAUCGGCUUGGAUACAUGCAUUGCAUUGCAAGAAAGUGACUGAGGACGGAAAGAGCAAAGAGUCCCAGAAAAGCCCACCAGAGGAAGAAGCUGCAGAAACAUUGAACUUGCAGGCUCUUUUUGAGGAACCCCAAAGAAAUGCAGAAGAUAGAAUUGCUACCAGGAAAAAUAUCACCUUUAUAGACAUUAACAUGGAAACAUUAGGGACCAACAACCCGGAAGAUAAAAUCGGGCAGUAUCUCACCACCAGGUAUAAGCUGGAGAUCCAGCCUAGUAUAUCUGAAAAGAACUGUUGGGAUAUUGUUGCAGAGAUUGCCAUCCCCAUCGGCAAUACAUUGAACAGUGCGAGAAUGGGUUUCAUCCCUGGCCAGGAAAGCCAGGCAACUGACCCCCAGCUCUGCCUGAAAGUACUGCCUGUGACUGGAGAACAGCAGCCUACGCUUGGAUUUAUCAAAGAGUAUCAUUGUGGGUGUCAGGUGUCUAUAAGGUGUCAGGUUGUCACUGUCUAUGUCUCCAUGCAGAAGGGGGAGUAUAUAGAGGAACACAGGGGUCUGUACAAGGACGUGAUGAUGGAGAAUCACCGACCCCUCACAUCACUGGAUGGGCCCAGUAACAGAGAUACCCCAGAGAGAUGUCCCCGUCCUCUGUAUUCCGAGGAUUGUACAGAGGAGAAUCACAGGAUCCCACAGGAGGAUCAGGAAGAACGUCUGUCUGAUAUAAAGUCAGAAGAUGUAGAGGGAGAAGAAGAGACGUAUGUGGCUGAUAUAAAGGCAGCAGAUACAGAGGGAGAAGAAGAGACGUAUGUGACUGAUAUAAAGGUAGAAGAUAUAGAGGGAGAAGAAGAGACGUAUGUGGCUGAUAUAAAGGCAGAAGAUACAGAGGGAGAAGAAGAAACGUAUGUGACUGAUAUGAAGGCAGAAGAUAUAGAGGGAGAAGAAGAGACGUAUGUGACUGAUCUAAAGGCAGAAGAUAUAGAGGGAGAAGAAGAGACGUAUGUGACUGAUAUGAAGGGAGAAGAAGAGACGUAUGUGACUGAUAUAAAGGCAGAAGGUACAGAGGGAGAAGUAGAGACGUAUGUGACUGAUAUAAAGGAAGAAGAUAUAGGCGGAGAAGAAGAGAUGUAUGUGACUGAUAUGAAGGCAGAAGAUAUAGAGGGAGAAGAAGAGACGUAUGUGACUGAUAUAAAGGCAGAAGAUACAGAGGGAGAAGAAGAGACGUAUGUGACUGAUAUAAAGGCAGAAGAUACAGAGGGAAAAGAAGAGACGUAUAUGACUGAUAUGAAGACAGAAGAUAUAGAGGGAGAAGAAGAGACGUAUGUGAGGGGUGAUCAGCAGUGUAAGGAGGAGGAGAUCCCUACAGAUAUCAGCACAGCAGGUGGACACACAAGCAGGAAUAUCUCAGAAGGACAUCUAAUGUUAUCCCCGGAUUGUGACAUAAAAGAUAAUGACAGUAGACAGGAUUCUCCAGGAGAUCACCCCAUUACCCCAAUUAUACAUCCAGCUCUAUCAGCUGAUCCCCCUGAUCCUGGGAAAUGUUCUCCUGAUCACUCUGAUAUUGGUGCAUCUGUUACAGCUCUGACAGUAGAUACAGUGUUUCCGUGUUCUGUAGAUACACAGAACACAAAUCUUAUUAACCCACACACAGGUAAGGCAGGUGAAAGGCCACUGAUAUGUUCAGAGUGUGGGAAAUGUUUUACAUACAAAUCAGAUCUUGUUACACAUCAGAGAAGUCACACAGGUGAGAGGCCAUUUCCAUGUUCUGAGUGUGAGAAAUGUUUUACAAAGAAAUCAGAUCUUAUUAGACAUCAGCGAAGUCACACAGGUGAGAAGCCAUUUUCUUGCUCUGAGUGUGGGAAAUGUUUUACACAGAAAGCAAAUCUUGUUAUACAUCAGAGAUGUCACGCAGGUGAGAAGCCAUUUUCAUGUUCUGAGUGUGGGAAAUGUUUUACACAGAAAGCAAAUCUUGUUAUACAUCAGAGAAGUCAAACAGGUGAGAAGCUGUUUUCUUGCUCUGAGUGUGGGAAAUGUUGUGUAAGUAAAUCACAUCUUGUUAUACAUCACAGAAGUCACACAGGUGAGAAGCCAUUUUCAUGUUCUGAGUGUGGGAAAUGUUUUGCACUUAAAUCAUAUCUUGUUAGACAUCAGAGAAAGCACACAGGUGAGAAGCCAUUUUCUUGCUCUGAGUGUGGGAAAUGUUUUACACAGAAAGCACAUAUUGUUAAACAUCAGAGAUGUCACACAGGUGAGAAACCAUUUCCAUGUUCUGAGUGUGGGAAAUGUUUUGCACUUAAAUCAUAUCUUGCUACCCAUCAGCAAAGUCACACAGGUGAGAAGGCAUUUCCAUGUUCUGAGUGUGGGGAAUGUUUUGCAUUUAAAUCAUAUCUUGUUAGACAUCAGAGAAAGCACACAGGUGAGAAGCCAUUUUCUUGCUCUGAGUGUGGGAAAUGUUUUACACAGAAACCACAUCUUGUUAAACAUCAGAGAUGUCACACAGGUGAGAAACCAUUUCCAUGUUCUGAGUGUGGGAAAUGUUUUGCACUUAAAUCAUAUCUUGCUACCCAUCAGCAAAGUCACACAGGUGAGAAGGCAUUUCCAUGUUCUGAGUGUGGGAAAUGUUUUGCACUUAAAUCAGCUCUUGUUAGACAUAACAGAAGUCACACAGGUGAGAAGCCAUUUUCUUGCUCUGAGUGUGGGAAAUGUUUUACACAGAAAGCAAAUCUUGUUAUACAUCAGAGAUGUCACGCAGGUGAGAAGCCAUUUUCAUGUUCUGAGUGCGGGAAAUGUUUUACCCAGAAAUCAAGUCUUGUUAUACAUCAGAGAAAGCACACAGGUGAGAAGCCAUUGUCUUGCUCUGAGUGCGGGAAAAGUUUUACCUGGAAAUCAAGUCUUGUUAUACAUCAGAGAAGUCACACAGGUGAGAGACCAUUUCUAUCCUCUGAGAAAUAAAUCAGCUCUUGUUGCACACAAUAGACAUCACUCAGGUGAGCAACCAUUUUAAUCUUCUGGAGUAUACCUAUCAUUGCCAUGUGUUGUUCUUCAAGUUUCUUAUCCUAUCUCCUAUGCUUUUUGCAAUAUACAUGUUACCAUUGGGUGAAAUAAUCAGAUGUCAUGCCCUCAUCUACCAUUGCUAUACAGAUGACCUGUCUUUGCUUCAGGUACUGAGAACCCAGUACCAAUCCUAAAUGGUUGUCUAGCUGAGCUCCAGGUGUGGGUGAUGCCAGAUGGCUGUGACUCAGUCCUGGUGAAACAGGUCCAUAUGGUAGGAGCUCACCAACAAAGGGCAGGGCUACAGUUCAGCUUUGCAAACCAACCAGACUUACACUUGGGGGUUCAGAGUUACAAAAUGCUGAUCAUGUGCGGAAUCUUGGUGUCCUGGAUGGUGGAGUGACACUUAGACAUCAGUAUCUGCCACAAUCAGAUUUUCAUCUGAGGAACAUAGCCAGACUCCAACACUUUAUUCCCUCAGAUCUACCUACAGUCAUACAUGCACUUGUAUUAUCACGCAUAGACUACUGCAAUGUCCUCUACCUGGGUCACCUAGCAAAAGAAUCGCACCGGUUGUAGCAUGUACAGAAUGUAGCAGCCAGGCUGUUACCUAACCAGCCCGUUCCUGCCACAUAACACCCAUUCUCUGCUCCCUUCACCGGCUGCCUGUAAGAUGGUGACUCUUUCAUAAUCUUACUGACUCUCCCAGCCCUACAUGACCAGGGUCCAUGGUACCAGAAGCAGCUUCUGCCUCCUUACUGCCCUGUUUCUUCCAUCUGCAGAUGAUGAACUGUUACCAGCAGUACCAAGAAUCCCCAAGCAGUGCUGAGAUGUCGGGGGAGACAGGGUGGUGACACUAGUGCAGUAGUGGGGGCUGCCGGAGGCACGGUCUGUGGGUAAUAUUGUCCCCAAACAGUGCUGAGGUGUCAGAGUGGAGACAGGGCAGUGGCAGUAGUUGGAGGAGACAGGGCGGGUGGCAGUAGUUGGGG